GCCAGCGAGCUAGUGAGCUACCAACCACAUCCGAAAGGAAACGCUCAAACUUCCUUUCCUUCCAGUUCCUUCUCUGCAACUGUAACAAUCAUCAAUGGCCGACCUCAAAACCCCCACCACCCCUCCACCACUCAAGAUCAUCGCCGGCGCCGAUUCCUACGGCUGCUCACUCAAAGACGCCUUGAUCGCCCACCUCCGCUCCCUCAACAUCGAAGUGGAAGACCUCGGCACCUCCUCCUACUACUCCAUCGCCGCCGAGGUCGGUCGCCGCGUCUCCUCCGAAGCCACCUCCUCUUCCUCCCCCAAAACCACCGAGACGCGUGGUCUUGUAGCCUGCGGCACCGGCGUCGGAGUCUCCAUCUUCGCCAACAAGUAUCCCGGAGUUUUCGCCGCCACGUGUCUCACACCGGCAGAGGCACUCAACGCUCGAUCCAUCAACAAUUCCAAUGUCCUCGCUGUCUCCGGCAUGUCAACCGCCCCCGAAUCGGCCAUCGAGAUCCUCAACACCUGGCUCAACACGCCUUUCAAAUCCCCAUGCCCUGCCUCGGGAUCCCAACCAUGGCCGUCAGAGGUCGAAUCGUUCCUCGAAAAUUCGCUGACGGAGAUGCCUAAGAUCGGUGCGGGCGGUGAUUUUGAAGUCCCUUGCUCGCUGUGCUGCUUGGUGAAGAAUCGGGAAUUGGAACCGAUCGAAAUAGUUCCUGGAGGGUCUAUGAAGAUCAUAAGAGAGACACCGACUUCGGCUAUAGUGAGGUUCAAAGCUGGGAGCGUGGAGCCAGCGCAUCACCACACAUUUGGACACGAUCUGGUAGUGCUGGAAGGGAAGAAAAGCGUGUGGAAUCUGAGCAGGAAGGAGAGGUUCGAUCUGAGCGUUGGGGAUUAUUUGUUUACUCCGGCAUGGGAGGUGCACAGGGUGAAGUAUCACGAAGAAACGGAGUUCUUUAUAAAGUGGGAUGGGAAAUGGGAUAUGUUCUUUGAUGAAGAUCUUCAAACUGCUAAGGAAGCCAUUGAUAAAGAAGAAGGAUCCAAAAUCAACAACCAGUAGUAGCAGUAGUAGUAGUCUGAGAAGUGAGAUAGUUUUGUUUGUGUUUUUUGGAUGUUUUGUUUGAUACGUUUUCGAUGUUCCCUAUGAUAUGGAAAAUGUUUAUGGGGUUUGGGUAAUAUCAUAUAUUUCCAUGUAAAGUAGUUCGAAGGGAGUGCUUGUGUUUGGAUACAAUAAAGCUCACCUAUAUUUACAUUA